GUUUGCGAGGAAGGAAGGGGCCGCGAAACCCUAAUUGCAUCGAAUCGAAUCGCAGAAAGUUGCUUAUCCUUUUCCCCUCUUUCAAUCUCUCACCACUUUCACUGCCUAACCAACAAAAAGGUCGAAACUUUCCUUAUAUAUAUUCCUUCUCCACCACCACCACUUUAGGGUUUUUAUCACUCGAUUAUCCCAACCAUUUCCCUCAUAGAUGGCGGAAGAGAGAAACGGCGACGCGACGGUUCAGGAGGAUGAGAGUUUCUUCGAUUCCGAUCAACAGAAAGACGGUGGAAACUCGACGAUCGGAGACCUCGAGACUCAGAAUCAGGAAUUGGAGAGGGAGAACGGUGAGAUCAGCAAGAGGAUCGAGACUCUGACGGCGGAGAUCGAGGAGAUGAGAGGAGCGGAGACGAAAGCGAGGCGGAAGAUGAGCGAGAUGGAGAGAGAGAUUGAUAAAUCGGAAGAGGAGAAGAAGGUUCUUGAAGCUAUAGCUGAGAGAUCCUCAGAGCUCGAGACGGAGAAGACAAGGCUUCAGCAAGAAUUGGUUACGGCUCAGAGGGAGAGGGAGGAAGCUGAGACGGAGGCGAAGAAGCUAAGAUCUGAGAUUUCUCAGAAGGUGAAUGGAAUCAAGGAGUUGGAGAAGGAGGUGAAUAGUCUAAGGGCGUCAAAGGAGGAGAACGAGAAGAGGAUGAAGGAGUUGGAGGCAAAGCUUGGUGCUUUGGAGGUUAAGGAGUUGGAAGAGAGGAACAAGAAGGUAAGAGCAGAGGAAGAGAUGAGGGAUAAGAUUGAUAACAAGGAGAAGGAAGUUGAUGAGUUGAAGGAGAAAGUCAAGAGUUUGGAAACGAGUGUUGAAGAAGGGAAAGUUGAGUUGGAGAAGUGGAGAACAGAGAAGAAUCUUGUGGAGGAGUCUUUGAGGGAGUCUGGGAAGAGAGUUGAGGGUUUGGAGGCGGAGAUUGUGGAGUUGGAGAGACAGAUGGAUGAGUCUGAGAAGAUGAUUAGUGGAUUGAAGAACAUGGUUGAGCCGGUUGAUGGCGUUGAGGUUAGGUCAUGGUCUCCGAGCUCUGUGAAUGUUGGUGGUUCUGGUGGGGUUAUGGCUGCUGUUGCGGUUGCUGUGGCGGGAGCUGCUGUUGUUUUCUAUGUUUACAACUCGAAGAGGGCUUAAUUCUCGAGGUAGAGUUUUAAUGUUUGUUUUUUGGAGUGUUUCCCCUUACGAUACCUUUCUUGUUUUUGAGAAUGUGAUUGAUGUCACAAAACUUAGUAGUGUUUCUUUAAUAUUGUGUGUUUUUGUUUACAUCUUUCGCUUACAAAUAUUCUCUCGGCAACAAUCAAAGAGAUUGAAAAAAUAACCAUGUGGUUAAGCACAGAGGAAUUU